UUAAGCGCUUCCUGCCCAGGAAACGCUGAUGGCUGUGUGUAACUUGAGUGGAGAGGAGGUGCGCAGACUGCUGGUGACUGCGGGGCGGACGGAGAAAGACUGCAGGAGUUUAUCUUGGUUCCGCUGGUGCUGGGUUGGCGGUUUGACUGCAAAGAUGUUCCCUGCAGUGCUCACAUUGUUACUGACUUUCUUCAGCCUCGCUGAAAGCAAACAGAAAGACUUUUAUACUUUUAAAGUGGUGAAUAGCAGGGGCAAGCUGGUGUCUCUGGAGAAAUAUCGGGGUUCGGUUUCCCUGGUGGUAAACGUAGCCAGCGAAUGUGGCUUCACUGAGGAACACUACAAACAACUGCAGCAGCUCCAGCGGGACUUUGGUCCAUAUCACUUCAAUGUGCUAGCCUUCCCCUGUAACCAAUUUGGACAGCAGGAGCCCGGCAGUGACAAGGAGAUUGACAGCUUUGUGCGCAGAGUCUACGGAGUCUCCUUUCCUCUGUUCAGCAAAAUUGCUGUUGUUGGCACCGGAGCCAACAAUGUCUACAAGUACCUUGUUGAGGCAUCUGGAAAGGAGCCUGACUGGAAUUUCUGGAAGUAUCUAAUUGACGUUAACGGCAAAGUGGUGGAUGCAUGGGGACCAAAAGUCUCUGUCAAAGAAAUUCGCCCCAAAAUUGCUGAAAUGGUGCGGCAAAUAAUCUUGAAGAAGAAAGAAGAGCUUUAACACAUUUCGCUUCAAGACUCUACUUAAUGUUCUGCAGUGGUAGUACAUGAACCAAACCAGGAAAAACUGUACACAUUUAUUGCGCUUAGAGUCUGUUGUUAUUCCAAUAAACCAUUCCACUCAUAGAAUAAAAGCAAAUUUGUUGCUUUCUGAAAGCACUGAUUAAGCACCAGUAUGAAAUUUCUAUGCAAGUUGUUGAGUGUAAAACAUCUGAACACACCCGUUUCUAAAUGUGUCAGACGUGGUUUAUUCAUCUAUGUUUUUGUUUUUUUUUCAUUCAUUCUGAUUUGUGGAAUAAACUUACUGUGAUCACAGAAAUA